UCGGUUACGCCCCGCCCACCCCGCGCUACACCUGCGAUCAGAGUCUGUACCUGAGCGCGCAUAGAGAGAGAGAGAAAUAGAAAGAGAUCGUUAGAACAGAAGAGAAGAGAAGAGAAGAGAAGAGAAGAGAAGAGGGCAGAAUGUGAACGAAGCAUGUGCGGCGAUGGAUUCCUCUUUACUGAUCGCUCUGUGUUUGCUCUGGACGAGAACAUCAGGGUCAUUUGUUGAGGGACCGCCUGAGCCUCGUAAUGUCCACUUCUACUCAGAGAACCUGAGGAACAUUGUGAGGUGGACACCAGGAGAAGGAUCUCCCAAUAACACCGUCUACACUGUGGAGUACGCCAUAUACGGUGAUGAGGAGGAGAGCGGCUCUGGGCAGGUGAAGUGGAGGAGUGUGGAGCACUGCACCUCCAUCACACAGAACGAGUGUGACGUGUCUCAGGAGACCUUUGACCUGGACGAGGAAUACUAUGCCAGAGUCAGGGCGGUCAGCACAGACACACAGUCUGCCUGGACCGAGAUCACGAGCCGCUUCAGCCCCGAGCUCCACACGAUCGUCGGCGCGCCGCAGUUGGAGCUGAGCGUGCUGAAGAACUACAUAGACGUCACCAUCAAGGGGCCCUUCAGAUGGAGAACCAAGAAGACAAAGAAAGAGAAGUCACUCUUGAAGAUCUUCCCGCACAUGAUCUAUAACGUCUCUGUGUUCAACGGCAGGAGCGGUCACACGAACUACAGGCGUCUUAAAAACGGGAACCUGACGCUGGGCCCUCUGGACUUUUCCACGCAGUUGUGUGUGAUUGUUCAGGCCCAAUCGGAGUCUCGGCCUCUGGCCUACAAACCCAGCAAGCGGCUGUGUGUCGAGACGCCUCGAGAUCCGUUCAGAGACCAGCUGCUGGCUUCUCUGCUGGGCGGCGUGCUGCCGUCUGCUCUCUGUCUGUGUGUCCUCGCUGUGCUCGGGGGUCUCGUCCACUGCUACAUCACUGACCACAGGCAGAGACUGCCCAAGAGCACGCACAUGCUUGGCUUGAGUGGAAAACAACACACUUUCCAGCCUCAAGUGCCUCACACAGUCAUCUUCAACGUGAUGAAGUUUGGAGAUGAACCGAUGGCUGUGCCACAGCUGAUGUCCAGUGAGGACCGGUCAGCGCUGGACGAACAGGUUCAGGCUCAGAGCACUGAUCAACAACCGCUGGUGUGUUACACACUUCAGCACGCUCCACCACCGCUAGCUGACCCACCGGACACAGACUCGGUCAGUGUGCACUCGGAGGCGCAGCACAGCGAGGCUGUAGAUUAUGGCAUCGUGCUGCCGGCUGCUUUCGCAGCUCCGUACAGGACACAAGUACACACUGUUCCUCCUGUGGACGAGCCACAUGAUGAAGACCAAGCACAGAUAUUCCUGGACUGGAGCCCGGAGACUCAGGAGCUGAAGAUCCCUCUAAUGGGCUUGUUAGGUCUGGAGGAUGAUCAGCUGCAGACUGAAGCGGUCACUCUGCUGCCUAACAUCAUCCUGAGACAGACCUCGGGGGAGAGCUACGAGUCCGAAGACGACUUCACCAAGAUGGAGCGAGACUGGGGCCUGGUCAUCUCCAGCCCAGACUGACAGAGGAACAAUGCUCUGCUUCAGACUCUGCACACAAUAUGAAGAUAUACACUUGAUGCUUACCUUGCCUAGUGUGUUCAGUUUUAAGGUUUACAGAUGAAACAUUAUAAUGAAGGAUUUUCAGUGGACUUUGUUUUCUGCUUCCAACAUGAGACUCCAUGAACAAAGCUCAGUUCUUUAGCUGCUGUAUUCAAUUACUGUUAAUCACGGCCAACCAUUUUCCCCAAACACUUGCACAUCCUGAAAGCUGUUCAAGGGAAAUAAACUUGGUUUCAUGGGCACUCCCUUCUGAAAGCAAUUUUUUAGCCAAUCACCUGAGUGGAGAAGACCUGGCAACAUCCAUUAAUCAGCUCUAAAGAAAGCCCUUUAGAAAUGUGCUAAAACAUGUAGUAUAUUAUUAUAUAAUAAUGUGUGUGUGUGAUGUUCCUGGUGCAGAAGCCAGAUUUCAUCUGAAAGAGAAAGCUGAUACUUAGAGUUUGUUCAGCAUAUUUUCUGAAAAAAACUUUGAAAAUAUAUAAAAAAAUAUUUAAAAAAAUAGAGAAGUGGACAAAUAAACUAUGCUUUAUGAAUGUUAGAAACAUUAUGACAGUAUGACAUCUAAAGAACAGUAUGACGUGUGUGUGUGUGUGUGUGUGUGCUUAAUAAUGCAAAGAAAUUGAUGGAAAUCAUGUUUUAUAUUGUAUUCUAUUUUAUAUAUCUUAUAUAUACCAAUUGAAAUGUUUUUAUUGAAAUAUAUAUGUGUAUUUAUAAAAACAUGUUUAUUGUAAAAUUUGAUGAACAUGCAGAUUAAUAAAGGGACUGUAAAUAUGGCAGAUAAUAAACAUGUUUAUUUCAUAUAUAAAUGA